UUUUUUAGGCCGUCAGUGUUUAGACAAGUCACAGAUUUUGCAAAUGUUUUUAAAGCAUUUAUUGGAACCAACUGGAUUGGUCUGCCAUUUGCUUUUAAACAAAGUGGAAUUGUGGUAAGUCAAAAGUUAGCUGCUUAUUGAUAAAACUGUUUUAUUGCAGUAUAUUUGUCAACAAAAGUCUCCUUUAGGCUAUGGAUGGUGAAGAGGCCAUUUUGAACUACAUGAUGUGAUUAAAAAAAUGUCCUUGUUUAAAUUGUCUCAAACCAUCUUAAUUUUUACUUUUUUAAAUUUUUUUUUUUGGUUAACAUUUUCUGAGUGGUACUGUACAGAUAUCAAUCAAACAAUAAAGUUAAUGUUGAUCAUUUCUUUUCAGCUUGGAUGUGUGGGAAUCCUUAUCAUUGCACUCAUCACAGAUCACUGUUGCCAGUUGAUCAUCAAGUGUAAGAAAGCCGCCGUCCAAAUUGUUCUAGACUCAGCCCCAAAGUCAGAUGAUAUUGAAUCCCUGGAUACAGACAUGACUGACAUGCGAAACACUGUAGAGAAAAGGAUGUUUUUUGGAGAAAUUGGUAGAAUUGCUUUGGGCAAGAAGGGAGUGUUCCUUGUAAAUGCAGCACUUCUUACCACACAGUAUGGCUUCUGCAUUGGUUAUUUCAUUUUUUUGGGCAACACCAUUACAUCAAUGUUUCCUCCACCACAUAAUUCUUCCAAUGACACAAAUACUACAGCAAAGUCACAUGGGAAUUACCAUCCUCCUGCAUUUGCUCUGCUCAUUCUUGUGCCACUGAUCCCAUUGAUACUGUUUUCAUACAUUAGAAGUAUUCGUAAACUGGGUCCAGUAAGUUUUGCAGCCAAUGUGGCUCUCCUGGUGGCUUUUGUUUCAGUAGUGGGAUAUAUAUGUUAAGUGGUAAGUUUCAUGUUAUCAUGAUUUUUAACCCUUUAACUCCCAAGAUCAAAUUGUUAAUUCUCCCCUCAAGCUGCCACAUAUUUCCUUGUAAAUUAGUAAUGAGAAUUUGUUGUUAGAUCAAGACAACAACUUCUAACUGAUAAGUUUGAAUAUUCUCAUUACCUGUUUGCUGGAUAAUGUAAGGAUGUCAUAGGGAGAAGUUUUUUGUUGAUCACUUGCAGGAGUCAAAGGGUUAACUGGCCAGACAGGAUAAUUAACAACUAUGAUUUGCACCAAAGUGGAGAUAACUCUUCCAACACUUUCACCAAGACUCAGUUAGAUAUUAAUUCUUUUAGCAUAUACCACACAAGAACCAAAAAAUUUCUUCCUGAUGAUGAUGUUGAAAAAAAUAGUCAGAGAAAUUAAACUCUUGAUACACAAUUGAAAGGCUCAGAGCAAGAACGAUCCCUUGAUUUUUCGCCAUUUUUGAAAGUGUUCAGAAGUAGUUGAAUUUUGGCAUGCUCUGAGCCUUUCAAUUUUGUCUCUUUUGAUUGCUCCAAGGUCAGUAAUACUUGCUAAUCAGCUCGAGCUGGCCAAUCAAGGCUUGCAAAAAGUUAUAUUGACUUGUGUGGUAUAAUAAUUCUUUGGUCAUUCCAAAUAUGGUUACACUGACAGACAAAAGACAAAAGAUAUUAUUUUUAAUGACCUAAAAUUGAUUUGUGCCGAUUCAUUUCUGUAUCUAUUUUAUUAACCCUAACCAGAGCCCUAAAAUAUUUUUAUGUAUAAGCGGUAGCAGAUUAAUUACCUCUAGUCAGACAAGUCUUGUUCCAAUUUGUUUUGCAUGUAGGUUUAAAAUUCAAACUAAAGGAAAUCAGGCUGUCAAACUGGGCUACAUUUCCAGUUUUUUUUUGCCAAGUGACCAGUGCUUAUGAAGGAAUUGGAACUGUAAGUAUUCUGCUGGGCUUUUCACUUCUAGUUAAAUAAUAGACUUGACAUUGUUACAUUUAGUAGACAAGGGUUACUGAGAGGGGAAGGAAGAGAUGUAACCUUUCAAAAUCAUAAAAACUUGGUAGAAAUAAUCAAUAUGAGAAACACAAUUCUGUUUUUUUUAAUGUAGUUGUUUUUAUUUCUGUUAGUUCUGCACUUGAUAAUUUCCAUUUGGUAAUGGAUCCUCCAUUAUCCGUCCUCAAUUCUUGAAAAAUGUGGAGGAUUUUCUGUAAUGAUCCUCUUCCCUUUUACAUGCUUCAGUCCUUAACCCUUUAACUCCUGUGAGUGACCAAAAUAGAGAUUCUUCUCACUAUAUCUAUACAAUAUCAUGCAGACAAGUGAUGAGAAUAAAGAAAAAUGUCAAUGAUGGGAUUACUAAUUGGUCCGAUACAAAUUCUUCAAACUAACAUAAUGGGAAUCAUUUGACAGACAGUAAGCAGAAUUACUAAUGAGAUCUUGAGAGUUAAAGGGUUAAGUCUCACCCAUGUCUUCUGUAUACUUCAUUAGCAAGUAACUUUCAGUGAGUGAUCAAUUCAAAAAGCUAUCAUCUUCCAUUAGUCAUUCACACUUGGCUUGGUGAGAGAGAUCUGGAGCUAACCUCCUGCUUGAUUAGCUUUAUGCCACCCAUUCUGUUGGGUUACCAUUAAGACCUGUAUUUACAAGGGAGAAUAGUCUCCUUAUCUGAGUAAAAAUGGUUUAACUCUUGCCAUUAAAAUUUAGCUAAAGAAUUCUGUGUAGUAUGUGGAGAAUUUACUCUGAUGCUGGGAUCUUAAGUACCCUGGACAUAAUCCCAGUUCAUUGUAAGCUUUACCUUUUUGGUAAAAUGGUGCUCUUUUAAAAUCAUCAGUAGGAAAUGUUUCAUUUGAAUUUUCUUUUUCAGUUGAUUCCCAUUGAAACCAGCAUGGCAGAGAACCGACACAGAUUCCCUUUGUAUUUACACUUUGCUGUUGGAUCCCUUUCAGUAAUUCUUGGUUGUUUUGGUAUUCUUGGAUACACAGUGUAUGGGGAAGAAGUAAAUCAGAUUGUUACAGAAAGCUUUCCUUCAGGAGUAUUGAUUCAAGUGGUUCAAUGUUUGCUGUGCUUUGCUAUACUCCUGACGUAUCCUCUCCAGGUCUUUCCAGUUAUAGAGAUCAUUGAGGGUUGGCUGUUUAAAUCUGACAAUAACACUGCAGUGGAGACCAGCACCAGCACUAACAGUGAAUCAUCUGAUGUAUCUGUGGGAGUACAGGCCAGUGAAAGUUCUUGGUUACUUGCACCAGAAAUACCAAAACAGAAAAGCUUGGUAAGUAAAAAAGGAAAAAAUGGCACAGAAAGUGAAGAAGAUUAUUUUAUUUGUUUCAUUAUUGUGGUUAUUUGAACCAGACCUGAUACUGUUUUGAUAUGUACAGUAUUUAUGACACCCAUUAGACAAUACUCCACUCUAUGUGAUAAGCACUCUUCAAAACAAUCAAAACUUUUAAAAAAUAGGAGAAUCUUCUAUUACUUUGAAAAGGUCUAGAGUCUGGAGUGUCUUAUUAGUUAGACUGUGUGAUCUUCGUUAGACAUGGCUAAAUUCAUGAAUUUGCUGUCCUAACAUUUCAAACCACCCAGCAUCCUACAAACAGAUUUGUCUGGCAUUUUAUCCCUCCAAAGGGGGAUGAGAUUAUGUUGUGUACUCCCAACAGCGUGAAAUUUAGGGGGAAUUUCACACAAAUUGGAGGAUACUACAUGUCCAACCUGGAUCUCAAAGGUUAUCCCAACUAGCAUUUAGUGUACCAUGUGUGCAUAGUUUAAUCUUUCGAUUCCUCUCCUGUUUACAGGCAAGGAAGUGGAAGAAAAAUCUGCUGCGAACAUUUAUAGUUUUGACAACUGCUGGCAUUGCUAUAGCACUGAAAGAUGAUUUUGCAUAUGUUAGUGCUAUUGUUGGUUCUAUUGGAAGUGCUACCCUGGGCUUCAUUUUACCUUGUAUUUUCCACUUGGUACUUUGUAAAGACUCGAACACAAUGCUAAUCAAAGUCAAAGAUUGUUUAUUUAUAGCCUUUGGUAUCAUUGGAGGGGUUGUAGGUGUAACAAUAACGAUAGAACAGAUUGUUCAACAAUUUACUAAAAGUUAA